AUGGCAUUCGCUACCUCCCAGCCAAUAGCUGCACCUGCAGCCGAGGUUGCAGACUUGGAGACGCGCGCCGACUAUUACGUUGAUAUCCAAGUAUACCACGGCUACAACUACGAGGGUGGCUGCUAUAGCGAAUGCAAUUGGCCCGGUGAGGGUUACGGUAUCACAAACGAAUAUCGGAAAAAUGCCGGCUCGUUCAAAAUUGGGACCAAGGGUUAUAACUGCCAGAUUGGAUCACCCGAGAGCACGGAGCCAGUGGACUACCCUGGGACCAAGAGAUUGAAGGGUGGAUGGAUCAAUAACAUUGAAGGAUAUCAGUGCAACAAAAUCCAUCACAAAUGA